GAAGCUGAACUGGCCAAUCACAGUGUGGAACGUGAUCUCGCGGCGCUGCGUUUGAAUGAGUCGCGUCUGUCCUUGAGUGCACCGAGCACUGUCACCGUUCACCGGCAGCGCCAGGGCGGACACCGAUGGAGUAAACCGGGGACUAAAUCCGUAAUGUGAAGAAAUACCUGACGGUGUGUACAGAGUCAUCUACAAGGCCUAGAGAUGUCUCUGCUUCUGGAGCUUCUUAGACAGCUAUUAGAGUAUCUGGGUGUACCGACUGAACAGCUUGAGCAAGUAUUGGAACGGUUUACCCACAGACGUAGUAUUGUUCGUGCUAUAGCGAAUCGCCUUCCCCUUGUGCUGUUUGAAGGAAUUGAUAUACAGUCCAUACAAGUUUUGAAGCUCAAGAACUAUGGCUGGACUCGUAGUGUGGUUCGGAUUAUUGGAACAUUGCUGCCAUUGGACCAGUGCCCUAGACCUCAUUUCCAGAAUAUUAUAGGAUCUGAAGGGUUUGAGACUAUGGAACAUGAAGCUAUCAACCGACCUGUAAUCCCCUCUUUGGCAGAUGCCCCAUGUCUGUUAGAUGACAAUGUUAUGACUUACACUCGAUUUAGACAUGAUAUUCCAUCACAAAGGUCUAUGGGAGCACCCCUCAUUGCGGGACACCCUAAUACAGAUUCAGGAUUUCUGACCAUGUCGGUGUCUGAGAACAGUCUCCUUCCUGCAAAUGAUCAUGCCUUUCAGAAAAUAGCAGCUUUGGAAAAUGAGCUGAUCCAGCUGCGAGCACAGAUUGCUGCCAUUGUCACCAUGCAAGAGACAAAAGCUGCGCAGUCUCAUACAGAAUCCAGGUGCUUAUUUGGCAGCCCAAGUAAUGCCCUCCCUCCUCCAUCUUCAUCCUCUACCCCCCUCUCUGCACAGUUCUUACAAUGUACAACACCAGUCCUGCCGCCGCCGCCGCCUCCUCCUCCUCCACCACCACCACCACCUCCAGCCCCAUCUUUGAAGUCUGGAAAAUCUGCAAUUGAUCUGAUAAAGGAACGUAAGGCUUCUCACAAACACAGCCCAAUGGAAGAUGUUUCAGAGAAAGGCGGUGUGGACAGGCCUCCUAGUAUGAUGGAUAUUUUAAAAGGCAUGAAUUCCAUCAAGCUUCGUGCAGUUGAAAGAUCCCCCGGUGGAACACCUCUUACAACAAAGAAUAAGAAGAGGAGUUCUCUCAAUGGGGCAACAGACCCUGCAGCUAUUAUAGCUCGAGCCUUAAAGCAAAAGUUUGCACACAGACAUAACGAAGAUUCCUAUGAUAAAGAAAAUAGAUCUCAUGAGGACUCUCCGUUCUCUAGUCCUGAAACCCCAAUGUUUGGACGCCACUUGCUAAAGCCUGUGGGGAAAACAACACAGCGAGAAAUGACAAGAAAGCAAGUACAUCUGUGAUUUGAUGGAACCGGUUUGUGAUGUUUUGGGUGAAAGAAUCUGGAAAUCUGACAAUUACUACAACUAGCCCAGUGUAACAGGAUUAUUUUUUUUUUUUGUAAGACCCAAAACAUUUUUAUUAAGUUUUUAUUUUACUGUAAAGUCAUUUUACCCUAUUGUAAGAACUGACGAGGUCUGCAGAGGCUUUUACUUUUUUUUUUUUUUUUCUUAAUUUUUUUUUACUUUGCUAAGGGCAUGUUCACACGUACACAGAUUUGAUGCACAGGAUUUUCUGCUGCUGAUUUCAAUGUAAACUAAAUGACUGAGCACAGCUUCUAAUCUGCAGUUACAAAUCCUGCGCAUCAAAUCUGCACAGGAUCCUGUACGUGUGAACGUACCCUAAAAGUGGAAUUUUGAUCAAUGACAUUGUUUUAGGCAAAGCCAUAACUUAAGGGUUUCACCAAUCGGAAGAAGUGUGAGGUUCCCAUAAUUUGUUACUACCUUCUCUUUCAAACAGCCGUAUUUUGGUUAGUUUUUGUAAGCCAACAUUAGAUGUGGAACCAACACAGAAAAACUAUAGUGAAAAUAUUAGCAUUUCUUUGCCCACUAGUUUUUGGCUUAAAAGUACUGACCAAAAUACUGCCGUACCUUAAAUGGGCUCUGCCCAAUUCAAAAAAAAUGUUGUAUGUUGUAAAUCUUGGCAAAACAUUAACCUUUCUAAUAUA